GACAGUCGCCUGCGGGGCGUCGGGGGCUGAGCCAUGGGGAAGCUGCUGGCGCUCGCCAUCGUCGGGGUCCUGGGCGCCUUGAUCGGGGAAAGGCUGAUGGGAUUUCGACAUAGAUUGUGUGCCUCGCGAGAAUAUAAACCGAAGCGGCUUACAAACUGCCACCUUAUAAAAGGAAUUGAAACUGGCUCGGAAGAUAUUGACAUACUUCCUAAUGGCCUGGCUUUCAUUAGUUCUGGUUUGAAAUACCCCGGGAUAGUAUCACUUGCCCCUAAUAAAAGAGGAGAAAUACUUCUGAUGGAUCUAAAAGAAGACAAUCCUCGACCUGUUGAGCUGAGAAUCAGCCGGGGGUUUGAUCUGGCAUCCUUUAACCCUCAUGGGAUCAGCUUAUAUAUUGGUGAUGAUGACACUGUGUACCUCUUUGUCGUAAAUCACCCGCAUCAGAAGUCAACGGUGGAGCUAUUUAAAUUUGUGGAGGACGACAAUUCUCUGGUGCACUUGAAAACGAUCAAACACGAGCUUCUGCCAAGUGUGAAUGAUAUUGUGGCACUGGGUCCUGACAGUUUCUAUGCCACCAAUGACCACUAUUUCACAGAGCUUAUCUUGAUCUACUUGGAAACAUUCCUAGGCCUUACCUGGACAAAUGUUGUCUACUACAGUCCGAAAGAAGUUAAAGAAGUGGCAUCGGGAUUUUACUCUGCCAAUGGCAUUAACAUUUCACCUGACGGGAAGUACGUCUAUGUUGCUGACUUGUUUGGUCUAAGCAUUCACAUCUUUGAAAAGCAUGAGAAUUUGAGUUUAACUCCUCUGAAGGUAUUGCCAGUCGACACUCUAGUUGACAACAUAUCAGUCGAUCCUUCCACCGGAGACCUUUGGCUGGGAUGCCAUCCCAAUGGCAUGAAACUCAUCUCCCAUGAUCCAGAAAACCUUCCUGGUUCAGAGGUUCUACGUAUCCAGGGCAUCCUUUCUGAGAAGCCUGUAGUCACCCAAGUGUAUGUCGACGACGGGUCAGUAAUCCAGGGGUGCUCAGUUGCAAACGUGUACGACAAUCAGCUGCUUAUCGGCACCGUGUUUCACAGAGCUCUUCGCUGUGAACUGUAGUUUGCUCAUCCUGGACUUUGUCACAGCGGAAAAGGUCAGCCUUAAUCUGAGCCAAGCUUCCUACCAGAUGCAGUUCUCAAAUGGCUAACUUCAAAACACUUUGCAAUAAAAGUUGACAAGAAUGUUCCUGGCCUUCCUCACCCACCACCCACUUCAAGAAGGAGGUAACACAAGAAAAAAUACGUUUUAGAAAAGAAAAGCAGCAACAUUGGAAGAUUAUGUUGACUCCUUUUGACAGUGUAAUUGAACAGAGAACCUCAAGUAAUGCCUGCAUCCAUAAAGAAAUGGAUGCUAAUUUGCGAUUUUCUGGAUGACCAUUGAUGACUUUAUUGGUGGGAGUGAGUGAUUUGUUGGUGGGUUGGGGGGAAUCAAAGAUAAUCCUUAAUGACUAAUUGAUGCUGCUGCUGGAGGAUUUUGCUUUCAUCUAAAAGGUUCCCAAGGACAUUUGAGACCUCAUGCAUGCCGAGUUGCUCCUCUUCCUGUAUCACCUUUUCCACUGUUAAGGAAAUCUUUAUACUUAGCAAUUAUGCCUUUCUGUCAUUCCUAGGAAGAGGCACAUUUAAUGCCUGCUUCAAACGUGACAUGAAGAGGGAUGGAUCUGAUUCCACUCCGUCUAUAGAUACAGAGCUCUUGCUCUCGCCCUCUCUUUUAAAAAGAGCAAUAAUUGCACCUAUCAGCUGCCCCAAAGGAAGUGGAGAUGGGUCUAAAUCCAUUCCCCACUCCUCUUUCUGAAUAUCUGAUAGGUGCACAGUCUGCAUUUUAAAACAAGAAUUCCAUGUGCCUCCCCAACCCAGGAGAGGAACCAUGUGCAGAGCAGCAAUUGUUCCUCAUCUGGCAAGGAAUAUGCAAGUGAAAGUCUGCAUUCUGACACACAUGACACAUAGCUGCAUUAGGGCUAGUCUCUUUUUCUGAAAAGAGCACCAUGCCACUGCCCUGCAGUGCUGUGGGAUAAUGUCCCCAAACCUCUUCUAUAUAUCUGGAGAGAAGAAGCAGGUGAGCUCAGAGAUAGGAACACGCUUUGCACCCGAAAUGACCCAGGUUUGAUUGCUGGCAUCUCCAGGUAAGCAUGGGAGAUUUCCCAGUUCUGAAUCGAUGGCGAGCUGCUGCCAUUCAGUGUACACACUACUGAGCUAGAUGGGCCCAGUGGUCUGACUGUAUCUCUGUUCUUGGGUUCUUGCCCAAGCACCAGCUUUUCAGCCCCAAAGCACAGCUUUCGCUCACAUCACAGUUCACAAGUAUAGAAAGUGUUUGUCCCACUGGCAGUUUGCUCAUCGGAUAUCAUCUGUGUCAUCAAACAGCAGCAGAAGAAGCUGGGUAAUGUCUUUCGGAGGGUAGAAGUCUGUUGGUUUUUCCUUUCUCCUUUCCUUUUGCAGGUGAGAAGGAGAAGUUCUUCCUCGCCUUAUUAGCAGUAGCCUGGCAAUAACCUGGCAGAGAGCCUAGAACAAGCUGUCACCUAUGCAAUCAACUUUAUGCAAGGGGUAUAAUGCAGGGAUAUUGCAGUAUGUUCUACUCUUAUCGCAGAGGCUGAUUUUUAACUUAAAAGUUGGCUGCCAAAUGAAUUGCUCAACUGUAUAGAUCAAGUCAAUUAGGUUUCUUAAUAAAGUAAGUAAACAACA